AUGAAGAACAUAGCAGAUGAUCUUGCUUUAGCUCAAAGUCCUGUUGAUGAUGAAGACCUAAUUGUCCACAUACUGGGACAACUAGUUGAAGACUAUACACAUAUCUCCUCUGCUCUUAAAAUCAUAGACACACCCAUCACUUUUCCUGAUCUCUUUAAUAAACUAGUAGAUCAUGAACGCCACCUAAAAGACACUCAACCAACACCGGUCAUUACCACUGUCAACAACACUCAAAAGUACUCUAACAAAUAUUCACCUAGACUCAACUAUGACAACCGAAACUCAAACAGGUACAAUAACUCAAGUGAAAGAUCAUAUCGCCCUCCUGUUCAACACAAUGGAAGAAACAACUAUCAAAGAAGUAACCGCAAUACUAGCUACUGUCAAUCUUGCAAUAUACAUGGGCACGAAACUAAAGAUUGUAGGAAGCUUGCACGAUUUCUCAAAUAA